GCGGGGCGUCCGGAGGAGGAGGCCAUGCGGGCUCAAGUGUCUGUGAUCCUCCCCGUCCACAAUGCUGAGCCCUGGUUGGACGAGUGCCUGGGGUCUGUUUUGCAGCAGGACUUCGAAGGCUCCAUGGAGCUCUCGGUUUUUAACGAUGCCAGUAAGGACAAGUCUAUGGCUAUCAUUGAAAAAUGGAAAGUGAAGCUAGAAGGUUCUGGUAUCCUCGUGGUAAUUGGAGGGCACGAUUCCCCUUCUCCCAAAGGAGUCGGAUAUUCUAAAAACCAAGCAAUAGCACAGAGCUCAGGGUCUUACCUGUGCUUUUUGGAUUCGGACGAUGUGAUGAUGCCGCAGAGGGUGAGGCUGCAGCUCGAAGCCGCCGUCGGGCACCCAACAAGCAUCAUAGGCUGCCAAGUGAGGAGAGAGCCCCCUGACUCCACGGAGCGGUACACACGCUGGAUCAACCAGCUGGCGCCUGAGCAGCUGCUCACUCAGGUCUUCACCUCCAAUGGCCCAACUGUGGUCAUGCCCACCUGGUUCUGCUCGCGAGCGUGGUUUUCUCACGUGGGCCCGUUCGACGAGGGCGGGCAGGGCGUGCCCGAGGACCUGCUGCUCUUCUACAACCACCUCAGGAAGGGCGGCGGCGUCAGACGGGUGGACCAGAGCCUGCUCCUCUACCGCUACCACCCCAGCGCCGCCACGCAUUCCGUGCUCGAGGCCACCAUCUGGACCCACCGUGUCCGCUUCCUGGAAGAGCGGGCUUUGCCACACUGGGCAACCUUCACCAUCUGGAAUGCAGGCAAGCAGGGCCGCCGGCUCUACCGCAGCCUUACAGCAGGGGCGCGGCAGAAGGUGGUUGCCUUCUGCGAUGUAGACGAGAACAAGAUCAAGAAGGGCUUUUACUGCUACGAGGACUCUCAGGAAAGGCCCAAGCCCCGGGUGCCCAUCCUGCACUUCCGAGCCGCCCGCCCGCCCUUCGUCAUCUGCGUGAAGCUGGACCUUACUGGGGGUGCAUUUGAGGACAACCUGAGGUCGCUGCACCUGCAGGAGGGCCGGGACUUCCUUCACUUCAGCUGACAGGCCCACAGCAGCCAUGGAGUCCUGCAGGUGCUCAGUUCUGCCACGCGGAGUCGUGUCCUCAGCACGAGGGCGAACGUAUCCAGCCUCUCGACUUGACAGCUGCUGGGAUUCGGGCGGCAGGGCACCGCCGUGUGCACAUCAGCUCGCGCUUUGCUGCUGUGCGCCCAGGGGUGAACCCGUCCUGUGUGGACCGCUGGGCUUCUGCGUCGAGGACGGCUGCCUCCCAACAAGUGUGGCGCCUGCACGGUCCGCAUCCCAGAUCCUGGGACACGCAGGUCCCUUCUCCCGACUUUGCCGACAUGCUCCCCGGCUGUUCUUCCCGAGUUUCUGCAGGUCCUCCCGUCCUCGCUCUCCUCAGCGGUGUCCAUGUGGUUGUUUAAUCCGUUGAGCAUUUUGUCUUGAAGCUCUUCUCGGUAAACUCAUUUUAUAUUUCGUA